CGUACUCUGAGCCUGACCCGGAAUAUGCAAGAGGUUGCAGCUUUGUACCGGCGUCUUUCGUUGGAAAACGACGGCCUUUUGACCUGAGAUGAUAGUAAGACUAGUUCUCCCUUUCGCAUGAACUCCACUUGUCUUCUUCAUAUCUUCUAUUUUUCAUGGACACCAAGCCAUCUCGUGACUCCCUCUCAAUGUCUUCCGGCACUGCAUCACCACCAGACUACUCGCCACUGAACAAGGAAGAGACAGACAGCGUUGACGGACUCGACAUGCUGCCUCUUCACAGACACCACCAGUCGAAGAGACGACGAAGGCUAUACAAAGCCGGCAAGGCGGUCUUCAUUGUCAUCAUGGUCGCAUUCAUCGUGCUCACGUUUGCCCUCUCUUUCCACGCCGUCGACACGCUCGGCAAACUGGGUGUCCUUAUCAAUAAAAAGGUUAAACCGCCAAGCCACGGCCAAAGAAGCUACAAGUACCCAUGCGGCGAAACUGCUGCCGAGGCUCAGGAAAAGGGUUGCAUUUUCGAUGUCAUGAGCAUGGCCUGGCAAUCGCCCGAAUGCUUCGACUCGGACCUGCAUGACGAAUUUAUGGCACUUGGGCCAUGGAGAUUCUAUUCUGACCCAUCUGCCACUACGGAGCUGACAUACGAGCAAGUCAGUCAGAAGGGCCAGAUAAGCUGGACGGAUAGGCGGUAUUUUGUUAUUCAUUGUAUUUACGGAUGGAAGGCCAUGCACCGGGCAUGGCAACGAGGGUGGAGAAUGGACAGUAACCUGGCAGACUUUGAACACACGGAGCUGUGCUCUAGGGUUUUCGAGAACACGAGCAUUCCUCUGGAUGCAAUGACGACAAGGAUUCAUGUGGACUUCCCAAGCUGCAAUUAAUUAAAGGCAACUUUAUUGAAAAAUCUAUGUGAAAUUGAGAAGUGAGAAAUUUUGAACUUGGUGUCUCCCGUUGGCAGACCAAGUUCUACUAGACAUAUCUCGUAUGUAGUAAAUCAUAUUUAUUUCACAACUUGGAGCUCUUACAUACUCCGAAAA